UCUCUCUCUCUCUCUCUCUCUCUCUCUCUCUCUGCCUCCUCGUCGCGAGAAGUUCGAGGUGGUGUCUCUCUCCGACCGCGAAGCUCACAACUCUCUCUCUCUCUCUCUCUCUCUCUCUCUCUCUCUCGUGUGAUACCGUACGAUGCCAUCCCGCAGAAGAACGCUCCUCAAGGUCAUCAUCCUCGGGGACAGCGGGGUCGGGAAGACCUCUUUGAUGAACCAAUAUGUAAAUAAGAAGUUCAGUAAUCAGUACAAAGCAACUAUUGGAGCUGAUUUCUUGACCAAGGAAGUUCAGCUCGAAGAUAGGCUCUUCACCUUACAGAUUUGGGAUACAGCUGGUCAAGAAAGAUUCCAAAGUCUUGGAGUGGCUUUCUAUCGAGGUGCUGACUGCUGUGUUCUUGUGUAUGAUGUUAACGUUAUGAAGUCAUUUGACAAUCUUAACAAUUGGAGAGAGGAGUUCCUUAUCCAGGCAAGCCCAUCAGAUCCAGAGAAUUUCCCAUUUGUAGUCAUAGGAAACAAAAUUGAUGUGGAUGGUGGAAACAGCAGAGUGGUGUCGGAGAAAAAAGCUCGAGCUUGGUGUGCCUCAAAGGGGAAUAUACCAUAUUUUGAGACCUCUGCAAAGGAAGGCGUCAACGUGGAGGAAGCUUUUCAGUGCAUAGCUAAGAAUGCCUUGAAAAGUGGUGAGGAAGAAGAGUUAUACUUGCCAGACACCAUCGACGUUGUAAACAGCAGUCAGCGGAGGUCAACAGGAUGCGAGUGUUAAGCACCGCAAGAUGCUUCUUCCCAAUACAUGAACCCAUGAAGGACUGCACAGAUAAUAGCAGGUUCUGCCUGUACUAAGAUUGCUGGGUUGGACAUUGCUUUUGCCAGAGAAAAUGGUUGCCGACAGAUUCUUUGUCUGGUUCCUUCUAUUUACUGCCGUACGAAACGUGUUCUUGAGUGAUGUCCUAUCUUGAUUUUGCUUUCAUGACGCAGCUUUUGUCUUCGUUAGUGUUGGUUUUUGUCGGUGUUUUGGUCUUUUUU